AUGGCGACGUCUUCAACGAUUUCUGCCUUGAUUAAAAAUGAUCAUGCUAGUAUAAAGAAAGCCUAUCAGAACUAUACCUUGGCUGAAGACAAUCUUGAUGAACAACAACGUUGGGCUAAUGAAUUUCGAUGGGAACUCGCUCGACAUAUUGUUGCCGAAGAACUCAUUCUGUAUCCGGCCCUUCAAAAGUAUUUAGAUACCGAAGGAAAGAAAUUAGCUCAUCAAAAUCGUGCUGAACAUCAAGAAAUUAAAGAUCUCUUACAUAAACUGGAAACAGCAUCGGUGUCUAAUCCAGAUUAUCGUACAACAUUCGACCAGAUUGUCGACUUUUUCACCUAUCAUAUAGCGGGUGAGGAAGAAAAUGAUUAUCCUAAACUUGAAAAGGCCAUCACAGCUGAACAGAAUGAUUCACUUGCUCGAUCAUAUGAUCGAACAAAAAUGUUCGCUCCUACUCGAUCUCAUCCGAAUGCACCAAACACGCCGCCUUUUGAAACAGUUGUUGGUCUUAUCACAGCUCCAAUCGACAAACUUCAAGAUUUAUUCGAUAAAUUUCCUGAUAACAAAUGA